UGUCUCUCUCUCUCUCUCGUUCACACACAUAUAUAUACGUACACAUACACACACCGACAUCUUAUUUCAUUAAUUCGAUUUUUUUUUUAAAUCUUCUCAGUCGUGGACUUCUUUGAGUGACAGCUGCUCACUCUUUAAUUACCAACGAACACAUCAAGUCUCACAUCAGCUCUUCCUGCACCUGCUGCUGUUAGGCCACGCCCUCAACUGGUGAUGUCACAGCGCCAGUAAGACCUGAGUGUCAGGAUUUUUUCACCUGCACCUGGAUACCAGAUACUGACCGACUGAGGUGGUGUCUUAGAGAAGUUACUCCUGGCCGAGACCAGAUCGACAAAAAAAACAAAACAAAACCUGGUCCCAUCGUGGUGUGGUUCUUCCUCAUCUGAUCUGGUCUGAUCUGGUCUGCUGAGAUCUGUCCUGGUCUGAUGUACAGAAACGGUGCAGCCAUGGCGGAGGCAGCAGCUCCAGAGUUCUUUUCAGAGCAGGAGUUGACCUGCUCCAUCUGUCUGGAUCUCUUCGUUGAACCCGUCUCCACUCCGUGUGGACACAAUUUCUGCCAGGCCUGUAUCGGAGGUUACUGGGCGUCCAGCUCCGUCUGCACGUGUCCUCUGUGUAAACACAACUUUGACGAACGUCCUCUGCUCAACGUCAACAAAGUCUUUGCUCUAAUCUCCGAAAAAUAUCGAAUCGCUCGCUAUGGUGCUGCUGCCGCCAUGGCUGCCCAGCCAGACCACGGGUCAGUUACAGCCAGGACCACGGAGUCCUUCAGAAAACCGGACGCCGCUGCGUCCAGCAAGGAGACGGUGUGGUGCGACGUGUGCACGGGGAUCAAAGAGCCCGCCGUCAGCUCCUGCCUCACCUGCACCGCGUCCUACUGUAAUGAGCACGUGAAGCCACACGAGAGUUCCGUUUUCUAUUCCAAACACCAGCUGUUGCAUCCACAGGAGGCGCUGAAGGGCCGCACCUGCUCCCAACACCGCCGCCUGAUGGAGGUUUUCUGUCAAGUUUGUCAGAAAUGCAUCUGCGCCAUCUGUGUCCUGGAGGAACAUCGCACCCACAGAACCGUGUCGGUCCAGACGGAACGGCUUAGCAAACAGAAACAAGUGGCAAAGACAGAGCAACUGAUUCUUAACCGAAUCAAAGAGCGAGAACUGUACGUGGGCGAGCUGAACAAGAAACUGGACUCAGCGAAGAACUAUGCAGACCGAGAGCGUGGAGAGGUGGAACAGUUACUGGACCAAGUGGCCCAGGCCCUGGAGCGAAUCCGGACUGACGUAGUGGGUGGGAUCGAGGAGCAGGUGGAUACUGUCAUGACCAAGGGGUGGCGCCUGGUGAGCAGUUUGGAGGCAGAGCUGACCCAGCUGACGGAGAAACGCGCCACGCUAGAGAUGCAGGCCAUCAGUCAGGAUCACAUCGGCUUCCUGCAGAGCUUCGACAGUGCCACAGCUCCACUGGAGGAGGAUCAGUUGAGCAACCUAGAUUCCGACUCGGACUUUUCUCUACACUUCCACCUGGUGGAUGUGAAAAGCUCCCUGACAGAGGUUAAGGAGAAGAUGGAGGACAUCCGGAUGGGGUCAGAUAUGUCCCGCAGCUCCAGAGGCUCCUUUUCGUCCGGUGACCUGAUGGCGGCGGAGAGCGUGAUGAGCCUAAGAGGAAGCAGCACAAGUCUGAGGAAGAGCCAUUGGUCUUUAAGAGAGCGGAAGAAGAACAAACUCAUCUUAGGACUUAAAAAAGCCCGACUUUACAUCGAGGACGUGAGCUUGAACCCUCUCACAGCCUAUCCCUUCCUGAUCCUGUCUGAAGACAGGAAGCAGGUGAAACGAGGAGAGAAGCUGCAGUUUUACAGAAACUCUUCACUGAGGUUUUAUGUUUGGAGCUGCGUCAGUGGGAAGGAGGCCUUCAGCUGUGGACGACACUACUGGGAGGUGUUUGUUGGGGAGAAUAAAGACUGGAAACUGGGCGUGGUCACCGAGUCCGCCCAGAGGAAAGGUCUGUUUGACAUGAGUCCAUCCAAUGGUUACUAUGCCAUCUGGUGGAGUGGCAGUCAGCUGAGAGCACUCACAGCACCACCACUGACCAAGGUUAAGAAUCCUCAGAAGUUGCGUCAGGUGGGCAUUUUCCUGGACAUGGAUAUGGGUCAGGUGACCUUCUUCAACUCCAAGUCGGGCUCGGAGAUCUACAGCUUCACUGGAACGUCAGAGUUCACCGAGCGAAUGUUCCCCCUGCUGGGGACUGGAGACAAGGAGGUUCCUCUCGUUCUGAUGACCACACAGCAGCAUCCCAGCUGAGGGAUGUCCAAGCACCAACCAGCUGAUUGACCUGUCAAUCAUCAGCUGUGACCAAAUGGAUUUGUUCACGUGAAGAUCCUGAUUGAAACAGAUAUUGUGUUUAAACGAUGUGACGACAGCCCAGGUCAACGUUUGUUCACGUAUAUUAAAGAUGUUCUCUGUGUCUGUAGCU